CGGGCCGAGACAUUUCGUCAGGACUAACCGAAAGGAAAGAUAUUAAGAGAUUUGAAAGUAGGAGGGGGAGGCGGAAAUGCGAAAUGAUAGGAGAAGACCGGAGGGGGUGGGAUGAAGCUAAGAGCUGGAAAGGUGAUUGGCCACAGGGAUACAGAGCUGGGGAAGGGAAAGGAUCAUGGGACGGGAGGCCUAGGCAGAACGAAAGGGGAAGGGAGCACUGGAAAGAGAUGGAGAACAGGCAGUGAUGGGGAGAGGGAGAGAGAAAAAAAAAAGACGAACAACUAAAUAUGUCAGGGAUGGGGUAAGAAGGGAAGGAGGGGCAUUAACGGAAGUGAGAGAAGUCAAUGUUCAUGCCAUCAGGUUGGAGGCUACCCAGGCGUUGUUUCUCUUGGCUUCAUCUUGACAGUAGAGGAGUCCAUGGAUAGACAUAUCAGAAUGGGACUGGGACGUUGAAUUAAAAUGUGUGGCCACUGGGAAAUCCAGCUUUCUCUGGCGGACAGAGCGUAGGUGUUCAGCGAAACGGUCUCCCAGUCUGCGUCGGGUCUCACCAAUAUACAAAAGGCCACACCGGGAGAACCGGACGCACUAUACCACACCAGCUGUCCUGACGAAGGGUCUCGGCCCGAAACGUCGACAGUGCUUCUCACUACAGAUGCUGCCUGGCCUGCUGUGUUCCACCAGCAUUGUGUGUGUGUUGUGUGAUUCCCCGAGUCUGUAGCGCGCGUAGUGGACAAUCCCGGUACUGCAGGGGAUCAGCAGCUCUCCGAAAGUGAAAGCAUUCUGAAUCAGGAAGUGCUGGAGUUAACAUGGCUUCGAAAGGACCGGCCGAGAGUUGGACCGAGGAGGUAAUUUGUCCCAUCUGCCUGGAUUUCUUCACCGAUCCGGUUAUACUGGAGUGUGGACACAACUUCUGUCGCUCUUGUAUCACACAGUGUUGGGAAAGGGAGCAGAAAAACUCCUGCCCGGAAUGUCGAGAGGAGUUUACUGACCGCACCCUCAGGGUGAAUCGGGCCUUAGCAAAUCUGGCUGAAAAAGCUCGAAAUCUAAACCUGAAUCCGAAAGGGAAGGAAAGUAAACGUCACUGCGAGGAACAUGAGGAAGAACUGAAGCUGUUUUGUGAAACGGACAAGACACUGAUCUGUGUGAUCUGUGCAGCUGCGCAGGAACACAGAGAGCAUCGAUUUGUGCUGAUUAAAGAGGCUGUUAAAAACUAUAAGGAUCAGCUAAAAUCUUCCUUAGACUCUCUCACAAAAAAGAAAUCAGACUUCCAGGAAAAGGAGCAGCAACAGAAAGAGAAGAUUUCCGGAGUUCGGGAACAGUCACACAGUGUUCAGUCCCACAUCACAUCCCAGUUUGCUGAACUGCGCCAGAUUAUCACUGAGAAAGAGCAGAGCUUACUCAGGGAUCUCAGGGAAGAAGAGAAGAGGAUUCUCAACCCAAUGGAGAAAAAUCUUCUAGCACUUCAAGAGAAUAUAAGGAGUAUUCAGGAGGAAAUCACUAAGUUAAAGGAACAGAUGGAUCAGAAAGAUGGUGUGAUAUUUCUGAAGGAAGAAGCUCGUCGGAACAGAAGGAUUAAUGACGAUGUCCAGGAAUUGUCAGUGACAGAUGAGACCCUACCGGUUGAAAAAUACGAUCACCUCUAUUUGUUGAACACAGUGCUGAGAGAAAUGCUUGAUGCUAUUAAUCGAGUCUCUGUCACCCUGGAUGUGGAAACGGCGAAUCCUCGGCUCGAGGUGUCUGAGGAUCGGAAGAGUGUGAGACGGACCCGGAACCGGAGGGAUCUCCCUGACACCGGGAAGAGAUUCACAGACUGGCCUUGUGUGCUGGGAUCGGAGGGAUUCACAUCGGGGAGACAUUACUGGGAGGUGGAGGUGACGGGGAUUCGGCGCUGGUGUCUGGGAGUCGCCGCAGAGUCUGUGGAGAGGAAGGGACCGGUCAGACUGAGACCGGAGACCGGAUUCUGGGUUAUCGGGCGGGAUUAUGACGUGUUAUAUCGGGAUUGUGACGUGUUCGGUGGUCCCCCCUCCCCCGAGUCCCGUCUCGCUGCCGGUCCCAUCCCCGGGAGGGUGGGAGUUUAUCUCAGUUACGAGUACGGGACAGUUUCAUUUUACAACGCGGAGACCAAGUCCCAUCUCCACACAUUCACUGGGAAUAAAUUCACGGGGAAACUUUAUCCUCUCUUCCGGACCUGGGAUGGAAACCAGUGGCUGAGAAUCUGAUCCGGUUCCGCUCCGGAUCUGUAAACGGGUCGGGUCCCGGGACCGGCGUCAGGAGUAAAGUCCCUGUAAGUAUAAAUGUGCGGAGAGUGCAGCUAAAUACGUGGCUAAGGAGAUGGUGCAGGAGGGAGGGCUUCAUGUUUCUGGACAAUUGGGCUUUGUUCCCGGGAAGGUGGGGCCUGUUCCGACGGGACGGUUUGCCCCUAAACUGGGCGGGGGGGGGGGGGGAAUAACAUUCUUGCGGGUAGAUUUGCCAGUGCUGCUCCGGGGAAUUUAAUCUAGAUUUGCAGAGGGAGGGGAACCAGAGUGUUAGAGCAGAUAGUGAGGCGCAGGAGGAUAAGGAACAUGAGAGGACUGCAUGUAUAAACGGAAAUGAAAAAAAAAGCGGAUGAUAUACAUAUUCUCAGGUACAUCUAUUUCAAUGCACGGAGUAUUGUCGGUAAAACAGAUGAGUUUAGGGCUUGGGUUGACACGUGGGAUAACGUCAUUACUGCUAUUAGUGAGGGGCAGAACUGGCAGCUUAAUGUUCUGGUAAAAUUGGAGAACGGCCAAUUUUGUGGAAAUGAAAAAGGAUCCAGGAAGAGUGGAUUGGGAUAAGUUUUUUUUCUGGCAAGGAUGUGUUCAGUAAGUUCACAGGCAUAAGAAAUUAAAUAGAGAUUGGGUUGGAAAUGUUAUAGCAACUUCAUUUAAUUCAAAAUCGAGAGGAGUUGCAAUUUCGGUUAAUAAAUCUUUACCAAUUAAAAUACAAAAUGUAAUAAUUGAUUCUGUGGGGAGAUAUGUGAUUAUACAUUGUGAAUUUUUUUCAGAAUUAUGGACUUUUAUGAAUAUUGAUGCACCAAAUGAAAAUGAUGCAAAAUUCAUACAAGAAGAUUUUUUGAACUUGGCUGACGCAAAUGAUAAAAUAUUAAUAGGCGGAGAUUUUAAUUUUUGUUAAGAUCCAGUUUUGGAAAGGUCAACUACAGAUGUUACAAAAUUAAAAGUAAUAAAACUAACUUUAUCAUUAAUGAAAGAUUUAAACCUGAUUGAUAUAUGGAGAAAAAUUAAUCCAAGAGAAAGAGAUUAUUCAUUUUAUUCAAAUAGACAUAAAACUUAGAUGGAGAUUUAAUACAAUUUUAUUAAAACGUCAAGAUUUUUGUGAUUUUAUGAAAAAACAGAAUCAAUUUUUUUUGGAUACAAAUUUACAUUCAGUUGAGGAUAAAAUUGUAUUAUAGGAAGCGAUGAAAGCAUAUUUAAGGGGUCAGAUUAUAAGUUAUACAUCUAAAAUUAAGAAGGAAAAUUGGGAAAAGAUAUCAUAAAGUUAGAAAAAGAAUCUCAAAGAUAUAUGACAGAAGAAAAACAAAGACAACUUGUUAAUAAAAAACUACAAUAUAAUACCCUCCAGACGUAUCGUACAAAAAUGUAAUUAUGAGAACUAAACAGAAAUAUUACGAAUUAGGUGAAAGAUCACAUAAAAUUCUUGCUUGGCAGUUGAAAACAGAACAGGCUUUUAAAACAAUAAAUGCAAUUAGAACAAGUGUAAAUAAGGUUGCUGAUAAACCUUUAGAAAUUAAUGAAACUUUAAUUUUUUUUAUACUGAACUAUAUCAAUCAGAAUCACAAAAUAAGAUUACUGAGAUAGAUAAAUUUUUAUCACAAAUAACCCUUCCAAAAUUUAAUUUGGAAGAACAGAAAGGAUUAGAUAUGCCCCUUACAUUAAAAGAGGUUGAAGAAGCUUUAGGAUCACUUCAGAGUAACAAAUCCCCAGAAGAAGAUGGUUUUCCUCCUGAAUUUUAUAAAAAAAAUUUAAAGAUAUAUUAAUUCCUCGCUUUAUGGAAUUAAUAUACCAAGUGGAAAGAAUGCAUAAACUCCCACAAUCUUUUUUAACAGCGAUCAUAACUGUAUUGCCAAAAAAAGAGAUCCUCUAAAACCAACAUCAUAUAGGCCUAUUUCUUUGUUGAAUACAGAUUAUAAGAUAAUAGCAAAAAUUUUAUCUAAUAGAAUAUCUAAAUGUUUACCAAAAUUAAUACAUAUGGAUCAAACAGAUUUUAUUAAAAACAGACAAUCAAUGGAUAAUCUAACCUGCUUACUUAGUAUAAUUCAUCUGGCACAAAAAAGAGAGGAAAUGAGUGUGGCAUUUGCUUUGGAUGCAGAAAAAGCAUUUGAUAAAUUGGAAUGGGAUUUUUUGUUUAAGGUAUUGGAAAAAUAUGAGCUGGGAAAAUCUUUUAUACAAUGGAUUAAAACCUUAAAUACUAAUCCUCAAGCUAAAGUAGUUACAAAUGCUCAGAUUUCAACACCAUUUUGCUUAACGAGGUCAACUAGACAAGGCUGCCCGUUAUCACCUGCUUUAUUUGUAUUGGCAAAAGAACCAUUAGCUGAAUUAAUUAGAACAGAUUCAGAUAUUGGCGGUUUUAGAGUUAAUCAAGAAGUAUAUAAGAUUAAUUUAUUUGCUGAUGAUGUUUUGAUUUAUUUAACAAACCCAUUACAAUCUUUGCAAAGAUUAUCUUUUAAAUUGGAAGAAUACGGGAAAGUAUCAGGGUAUAAAUUAAAUUGGGAUAAAAGUGAAAUUUUACCCCUUACCAAAGGAAAUUAUAAUCAAUGUCGAUUAGUAACUCAAUUUCGAUGCUCAAUAAAUGGGAUAAAAUAUUUAGGUAUCAGAGUUGACAAUGAUGUAAAAAAUUUAUAUAAAUAACAUUAUUUGCCCUUAUUAAAAAAAAUAAAAGAGGAUCUUGAUAAAUGGAUGAUGUUACCAAUAACAUUAAUAGGUAGAGUUAAUGCUUUAAAAAUGAAUAUAUUCCAUAGAUUGCAAUAUUUAUUCCAAACCUAACCAAUACAAUUACCGCAGAAGUUUUUUCAAGAACUAAAUAAAUAUGUAAGGAAAUUUCUUUGGAAAGGAAAGAUGUCAAGAAUAUCAUUGGAAAAAUUGAGAUGUAAAUUUGAUUUAGGAGGGUUACAACUUCCAAAUUUUAGGAAUUAUGAUAAAGCAAAUGAACUUAGAUUUAUUGCAUCUUUUUUUGAUGAAAAAAAAACUGGCAUGGAUUAGAAUAAAAUUAGAUAAGAUAGGAGAAAACAUACCAGAAGAUUUUACAUAUAAAUGGGAAUCCAAAUUGAUACGGGAAAAAAAAAGAAUCUCCUAUAUUAAGACACGAUUGAUUUAUGGAAUAAGGUAAAUAUGGAUGAUAAGAUAAAGAGAUCUUUAUUAGCAAAAACAAACUUUAAUUUAAAAUAGGCUUAUUCCUUUUACAAUGGAUAAUAAACUUUUACAUAAUUGGUUCCAAAAGGGGAUUAAAUAUAUACGUAAUUGUUUUGAAGGAGGUAUAUUGAUGUCGUUUGAUCAAUGAAAAAAUAAAUAUAAAAUAUCAAACAACACUCUUUUCUCUUAUUUUCAAUUAAAGGUCAAUUUACGAGAAAAGCUGGGUCAAACAAUGUUGAUGCCAAAACCAAGUGAAAUAGAAAUAUUAAUUCAAAAAGGAAAAAUUUUAAAAAUUACAUCUUGUAUGUACAAUUUGAUUCAAAAACAGACUGAAUCUGGAAUUCAUAAAUCAAGACAAAAAUGGGAAACCGAUUUGAAUGUUAAAAUUGUUGGAAAAAGUUGGUCAAGAUUAUGUUCUGAUAGUAUGAUAAAUACAAUAAAUGUUCUAAUUAGAUUAAUACAAUAUAAUUUUUACAUCAAUUAUAUAUAACACCACAGAAAAUAAAUAGAUUAAAUUCAAAUAUGUCUGACCAAUGCUUUCGAUGUAAUCAAGAAAUUGGUACUUUUUUACAUUCUACUUGGUCUUGUUUUAAAAUUCAACCAUUUUCGAUAUAUCUGACUUUUAUUGGAACAAAGUACUGGAGUUCAACUCCCAAAUAGUCCAAUAUUAUUUUUAUUAGGAGAUAUUGAAGGGACAAUACCGAAAAUUAAAUUGAAUAAGUAUCAGAAAAAGUUUAUAAAUAUUGCAUUGGCAGUAGCUAAAAAAGUUAUCGCAAUUGCUUGGAAAUCUGAGUUAUAUUUAACUAUGGAUUAUUGGAAUAAUGAAAUAUAGUUGUAUUCCACUUGAAAAAAUUACAUAUAAUCUAAGAAAUGAAUAUGAUAUAUUUUUCAAAAUUUGGCUCCCAUACCUACAAAAGAUGGGAUUAAAUAUAUAGGUCCUUUGAAGAUAAAAUUAUAAUGCAAUUGGGGAAAGUAAGAAUAAAUAUUAAAAUUAUUUUGAACUCCAUGGAUCAUGAGGGUAUCCUCCAAUAUCGAGACAAUUUUCUUCUUUAUUUCUUUCUUUAGAUAAGGGUUAAGGUGGGGAGGGGGAGGAUUAAUAUUAUUUUUCUUUUACUUACUAAUUUUUCAUUACGUUUAUUCUUUGUAAUUUUCUAAAAAAAUAAUAAAUAAAUAAAAAGAGCAUCUCAGUAAUCCAACAGCCCACUCACCUUUGCUACCCUUUAUGUUAUUUCCUUACGUUUAACACAAUUAUUACGUGCCUUUUCCAGCUCAAACUGUGAAUUGAUUUAAAGUCAGUCCCAUAAUUUAAUAGCUUUUAUUUGAAAACUAUCUACCCUCGCAAAGAUUGUACUGAAGACUGCAUUUGAUUUUUCUUCAGCCUUGUACGCUUCACAUUGAAAUAGUAUGUGUUUCGACGGUUUCAUAAUGACAAAAUGUACACGACACAGAAUGAAGUUUUCCAAUUAGUUACAAGGCAUAAGUAAGCAUAGUGUGGAUAUUUCUGUCAUGUGAAUAUCAUUCCUUCACUUGUUUUAAGCCCUUCUUCUAUAAACCCAACAGGUUUAUGUAUUCUGGAAAGGUGUCUGUCUUUACGUCCAUUAUCCUACGUC